AUUUAUCAUGUGAUGAAAACAUUUUUGCUUCAAUUAAUAGAUGCCUACAAUUAUGGAUUUCAUCUAAAGAGGAUAAAAACUUGGCUGCGCUCCACUAUGUUACAAGAGCGAUUAGUGGGGUUAGCUCUUUUGUAUAUGCAUAGUGACAUUAAAAUAGACGUGAAUACAAUCUUAGAUCGGUUCGCCAGCAAAAAUAAUAGGCGCCUUGAUUUGUUAAUAUGAUAACACCUGAACUUUGC